AUGAACAACGAACAAUUCCGUCGUCUCCUCCUUGCCAAUGCCCAGAAAAACAGCAGCAACAACAACCAAAAUGGGGACACAUCACCACCCUCCUCCUCGAGCACCUCCAAAUCUCCAUCAGCGCCAUCACCGGGCAACAGCACCCCGCGCACUCUCGCCCUAGGCUCCAAAGCCCGCUCCUCCAUCCCCAUGACCCCCCGCUCCGUAGCCGGCUUCAACCCCCGCAACGAAUUCGCCCGCCAACUCGCUGAGCGUAAUCAGGCUUCUUCUUCAUCCUCGUCACAACAACAUCCCAACAAAAAGCUCCGAACGUCUGCUCCCAAAGGUAGCAGGCUCGCCGAAGGGUACGUUGAUCGCGCCAGGCAGCGACAGGCGCAGGAAGAGGCGGACGAGAGGGAGCGCAAGCUGAAGGAGCUGGAAGAGCGGUACAAGAAGGAAGAAAUUGAAAAAGAAGAGUAUGAGCGUUUGAGGGCGGAGAUCAUUGGUGGUGGAGGCGGGUUGGAGACGGCGCAUUUGGUCAAAGGGUUAGAUUUCAAGCUCCUGGAGAGGGUGCGGAAGGGGGAGGUGGAUGUUUUUGGGGAGAAGAAGGACUCCGAGGUGGAAGAAGAAAACCACCAUCACCAGGAUGCCGAAGACAAUGAGGAACCAGCGGCGGCGACGGAAGGAGGAGAGAACGACGAGGACCCAGAUGACAUCCUCGAACAACUCGAAUCGGCCGAAAUCAAAGCCAAAGAAAAGCAAAACGUGCAGCCAAAAAAGAAAGGCGAGUUCGCAACCACGACAUCCCUACCCCCCGGAGCCANAUCCUCGAACAACUCGAAUCGGCCCGAAAUCCAAAGCCAAGAAAAGCAAAACGUGCAAGCCAAAAAAGAAAGGACGAGUUCCGCAACCACGACCAUCCCUACCCCCCCCGGCGCCAAAAAGUCCCGAAACCAGAUCCUAGCCGAGCUAAAAGCCGCGCGCGCCGCGGCCAAAGCCAAGGAGGAAUCCAGCCUAGGGUCACGCUUCAAGAAGAUCGGGCCGCAAAAGAAGCAAGCCUCAACAAGAUUCGAGCGCGACGACCGCGGGAACGAGAUCAUGAUCAUCAUUGACGAAGAUGGCAACGAGCGACGCAAGGUGCGCAGAGUGGACGUGAACAAAACGCGGGAGGAGCAGGAAAAAGAACGGGAGGCGCUUGCCGCUGGGAAGGUGCUCGGUAUGGAUGUGCCUGAGUAUUACAAAAAGCUGGAGGAGGAGAAGAAAGCGGCUGAGGCGGCGGCGGAGGAGGAUAAGGAGCCGAAUAUUUUCGAUGAUGUCGAGUCUGAUUAUGAUCCGCUGGCUGGGUUGGAGAGCGGGUCUGAUGAUGAUGAUGAUGAUGAUGGGUCUGACAAAGGGGAUAAGGAGGAUGGAGAGGUUAUGGAGGACACUGAAAAGAAGACAAGUUCGGCAGAUAUGCCGCCACCACCUCCACGGAAACCGGAACCAGCAGCCACCGCCGCAGGACCGAGGAAUUACUUUUCAGAGUCCAAAACCGGCCUCAUCUCACAAGAAGAAUACAAGAAGCCCUCUCUCGACGACCCUUCUUUCCGCGCCGCCCUGGCCAAAGCAAAGGCCAUCAGCGCCGCCGAGAAAUCCGAAGAGGAACGGCUGGCGGCCGAGAGAGAGGCGCGACUGCGGAAGAAGUUGCUGGAGAGCAGCAGAGACGACGAAGAUCUGGAUAUGGGUUUCGGGUCGAGUCGCAUGGAGGACGAUGCCGAUCUGGACGAGUCGUCAUCGUCCAAGGUCAAGUUGUCUGAGUGGCGUGGUGGUGAGGAUGAAGAUGAGGAUGGGUAUGAAGGAGGUGGAAAGGCGGGUCUUGGGAGUAGCAAGGGGAAGCGAAAGAGGGGCGGCGGGGGGAAGAAGGGGGGUGAUAAGAAUAACUUUGCGGAUGUGAUGAAGGUUAUUGAGAGGAAUAAGGCUAAGGAGUAA